GAUAGGGGCGCAGUAACUUGGCCCACACCGACGAGUCGACAGUUUUGAACGGAACUUGCUGGUGCUUGGAUCGCAGCUCCGCCGAUCUCCGCGAGGCUAACACCACCAACUUCGACGCGCUCAAAUAUAUAUCACAAAUUACCAAAUACAAAACCCUCCAUUUGUGCACACAUAUUUUUUUGUUGUUUGUUUACCGUUUCGUGCUAACCGAUUUGUGCUGUUCAACGUCGUGUAAAACAUAGUAUUCAGAAUUUUCGAGCCGUGUUUCAAUAGACUAAUUGUAACGGCCAUUGAAAGCCAUUGAAAGCUGAUCUUCCAUCGCAUCCGCAUGGCCAUGUUCCGAAUCCGAAUCCCAGAGCCCAUGCAGCAUACAUUGCUCCUCCUGCCACUGCUCCUCCUCGUCCUGAUCGUCGGCAAGGCAGCGGCGGGCUCCUUGGUGUCCCCGAACAACAGGCAGCCGUCGCAGAGGUUCUUCUACGCCGCUGCCACGUCCUCCUCCUCCACGCAGACCAAGGUGCGCCUGCUCCGCCAGGCGGACGAUCCCGGUGCGGCGCCAGUGGGUGCACUGGAGGGCAGCUGCUGCCAAGGAGCAGCCGCGGAAGCCGGAACACCAUUGACGCUCCCACUGGCCGUGUCCGCUGAGCUGACCAACGUGACCGCCGACUACGAUGUGUCCGGCGAGAUGCCCUCCUCCAAGGAAAACUUUAAGCGCAGCAUCAUGAAAUCUACCGUGAGGAACGCAACGCCGGCGAGCUGCUCCCCGCAACCGACGAUCGUGGAGCUGAAGCCGCCGGCGGAGGACGAGGCGAACUACUACUAUAUGCCCGCGUGCACACGGAUCAGCCGGUGCAAUGGAUGCUGCGGAUCCACGCUGAUCUCCUGCCAGCCGACGGAGGUUGAGCAGGUGCAGCUGCGGGUGCGCAAGGUGGACCGGGCGGCCACCAGCGGACGCAGGCCGUUCACCAUCAUCACCGUGGAGCAGCACACGCAGUGCCGCUGCGAUUGCCGCACGAAGGCGGAGGACUGCAACGUGUACCAGUCGUAUCGCAAGGAUCUGUGCCGCUGCGAGUGUCACAACACGGACGCCCGGGACAAGUGCCUGGAGCAGGCCGAGAACAAGUACUGGGUGGACGACAACUGCACCUGCGUCUGCCGCUACAACCAGAGCUGCACCACCGGCACCGUCUUCGAUGAGACGCAGUGCAAGUGCACCGACCCGGCUGCACCCAUCGAUGUCUUGGACCGCAAACGCUUCAUUGUCCAGGCGGUACAGGUGGACCCCGAUAACACCACCCUGUACAGUGUUUGAGGACAGUUGGUUCGCCACGGAGUACGAAGUAGAGACGCCAGCUUCCUAGCGGGGAAUCCCCGAGUACUGAGCAGGCAAUUGCCGGGGAAUUGCACCGUGUACUUUAUAUUAUUUAUAGUUAUCGAUUAAACUUAGGCUAAAACUGUAAUGCCCCUAAACUUAACACACAGUAUUUACCCCCCUCUGCAUCUGCGGCACGAGAAAAACUUUAUGUGGUUGCGCAGAAAUCUCUGGCGAUUGGAUAGUUACUUGCCACAGAGAAAUGUACUUUCAGAUACAUUUUCGAAGUAUUUUAGACCUUUGGAGAUUUCUGCGCAAGUCCUUUACAUUACUUUUAUUAAUUUGUUUAUAUAACUUUUUAAGCGCCUUUCACUUUGUCGCGGCUUUGUACACAUUUGUUGAUUUCCGUUUGUUUAAGUUUUAAGUCAUCCAAAAAUAGUUGUCCACAAUUUAAAGACUUUCAAUUAUUCGCCGUACUUCAUUUGUAUGUAACUUUUUUUUUUGUAAAAAAAUGU